GCUGCCAGUAUAUUGCCCUCACACUUCUCUGACACCCCCAUCACGUCGAGGGUUCCCUCCACUCUAGAGACUUCUUCCUCCUUCCUCAUGGGGUCUGCCAUCCCAAAGCCAUACAUGAUGAUGGAAGAUUGGUUAGCAGGGGGCACGGGAAGAGAGGAAAGCCUUGCCCUCACCCCAGAUGUCAUCAGCACAAAAGCUUCACAAAGAAACCAGCCUGCACCAACAAGGAAGGAGACAGAGCUAGAGAAAUCAGAACACAUUGAAAAAACUCCCCCACAGGCCACCACCGCUGCCACAGACCACACGAAGGCAGUGAGCCGUGAAUAUGUCUUGGCACCAGCAGGGAUUGUUCCAAAUAAGGUCACCACACCAACAGAACCCACACUGUCAGAUUUUACAGCAAGCCUCUUAACUCAAUUCAAUAGGGAGAAGGCUGUAUGUGGCACCUCACAGCUGGAGGAAUAUGGUAGUGGAUCAGUUGAACCCAAGUUAACUGAGAUUGCCACUCCUGAAGAACCAGUCCUGCUCUCCCAGCAAAACCCUUCUCUGUGCACUUAUGAGGAGGAGGGCACCCCGGAGGAACCUGUGCUUCACUACAAGGGAAACCUGCCUCUGGGGAUGAUGCAGCAACAGGAGACACUGGAAGAGCCCGUUCUGACUUACCACAAGAACUUGCCAUACAGAAUAAGGGGCCCAACAAGUGAUGCAGAUAUUCCCAAAGAGCCAGUUGUCUUGUAUCUGCAAAGGACCCCAAAAGCACUCUUGGCGAGCUCAACACUCAAGAAAACUACAGACCAUAUCCCUCCCAAGCUUACCAUGUCGUACGUGGACGAGAGCAACGACAUACCCAAGACACCAGAGCUCUCAGACAUGACAAGGUCCAUUCUGUCUCUCGUGCCCCAGCAGGCUCCCCAGCAGCCACACAGGGACCACCAUAGAGACCACCAUGAACCCUUUUAUUUACACAGAGACCACCAUGGGCCCACACAACCCCAGAGGGACUACCAUGAACCUCCUUAUGCACCUCGAGACCACAACGCACACAAUGAGCUGCACCAUCACACACGCCCAGCCACACACACUCAUCACAAACCAGGCCAGUCCUUUUCGGCAGCCAUGAACCAGCUGAACAGGGCCGGAGAUGAUGAGAACACGUGGGGGGUGAGGGGGGCGCAGCAGCAGUGGUCAAGCGCCUCAGUCAGUCAGAGAGAGAAGGUGGUGUGGGACAAGUUCCAGGCCGGGGUGGACCAGUACCAGAGGAGUGGCGUUCCUCCCUCACCGCAGCUCUCGGACAUCACGCAGCGGAUACUCGGCCAGAUGAAACGAUGAUUUAUACCUACACACCUGCUCUUCCCAUUGGAUUGAAGCUGAUGCCAUUGGUGAUUUACUGCAUGCAUGUGAGAUUCUGCACAUUGAAGGAAUUAAAACAGGAAGUCAAGGAAGUGAAGUUGAGGUUUGCCAAGGGUUACGGAAUAAUACAAAACAACCACACCUGACUUAGACUUCAGUAACAUGACGGUGGAACAAAGCACAGCAGGCGAGUGAAAACUGGUUACCUGAGAGAUGUUGGGUGAUGAGAGAAUGGAAAAGUAUGGAGAGGUGGGGUAUGAAUAGGAGAGGAAGAGGUGUUGGGGUGUUGGUGAAAGGGGUCAAAAUUAUAUAAAUGACUUGCAGAAUUAUGAAUGCAAAGAAUAUGUGAGGGUCUGUACAGUAUAUGUGGGUACAAGGUGGCUGGGAGACUCACUGUUGAUGGGUUGGUCAUGGUUAAACAUGUAGACAAAAGCCAUCAUUGUCCCAGUUUACAAGGGGAAGGGCAGGAGAAGGGAGUGUGGGAGAUAUAGAGGUAUAAAUCUCCUGAGUAUACCCGGAAAAGUAUAUGGAAAUGUCAUAAUAGAGAGGGUGCAAAGACUUACAGAAGAGAAAAUCAGGGAAAAACAAGGAGGCUUCAGGAAGGGAAGGGGAUGUGUGGAUCAGAUAUUUGCCUCGGGAUGGUAGUAGAAAAAAAUAAUAGCAGAAGGAAAGAAACUAUACGCUGCCUUCGUGGAUUUGGAAAAAGCUUAUGACAGAGUUGAUUGGAUUGCAUUGUGGGGUGUUUUAAGGAUAUAUGGUGUGGAAGGAAAACUGUUUAAUGCAAUAAAGUAUUUCUAUGAGGAUGCAUCUGCAUGUGUCAAAAUUACUGGAGAAACAAGUGAACAUUUUGAGAUAAAAGUGGGCUUAAGGCAGGGGUAUCAUGUCACCAUGGUUGUUCAAUAUUUAUAUGGACGGUGUUAUUAGAGAAAUGAAGGGCAAAGUUAGGGAAGUUGGAGUAAAAAUGUAUGCUGAGGGAAGGAAGUGGGUACUGAAUUCAGUCUUAUUUGCUGAUGACACGGUGCUCAUUGCAGAAAAUGAAAGUGACUUACAAAAUUUGGUCAGUGUUUUUGAUAGUGUCUGUAAUAGGAGAAAGCUGAAAGUAAAUGUCAACAAAAGUAAAGUGAUGGUUUGUGAGCAGAGUAGAAGUGAGGUCGUGGAUUUUGUAUGCCCAUAUAGAGUGGGAAUUGAAUGUGAAAAAGAAUGCAAAAUAAUUUUGAAUGGUGAAGAAAUGAAGGAUGUUAAUGAGUUUAAGUACCUUGGAUCAGUUAUGUGUAAGCAUGGUGGCAUGGAGGGAGAGAUAAGAGAAAGGGCAUUGCAAGGAAGAAGGGUGGUAGGGUCUUUGGGACAUAUCAUGAAUGGCAGAAGUGUGAGCAUGGAGGUAAAGAGGGAUUUGAGAAAUACAAUAAUAGUACCAACCCUCACAUAUGCAAGCGAAAUGUGGGCCUGGAUUGAAAGUCAGAGGUCUAGAGUGCAGGCAGUGGAAAUGAGUUAUUUGAGGAGUGCUUGUGGUGUGAGUAGAAUGGAUGGAAUGAGUAAUGAAAGUGUGUAUGAGUGUUUUGGAAUGUGUCACAGGGGUGAAGGGAAGAAGUGUGGAGUGGUAGAAGUGAAGCGACAGACUUUAAAGUGGUUUGGUCACAUGGAGCGAAUGGAGGAGAGUAAGAUGACCAGGAGGGUGUAUGUGAGUGAGAUAAAGGGAGGGAAUGUUUAUAGAGGAAAACCUCCAGUGAAAUGGAGGGAUAGGGUGCAGGAGUACAUUAGGGAGAGGGGUGAAAGAUCCUUGAGAAACUUUGAGCAGACAAGGGAUAGAGAAAGAUGGAAACUUCUGCCGUGGCCACCCCCUGGUGGGAGCUCCUAGGACCAGGCGUCGAGGAGAUGAUGAUGAUAAACAUGUGAAGGGGAAGGGAGGAGAAUAAAGAUGUGGCUAACCCUUUGAUGGAAGUAAUCAGAGGGAAGUGGGCUGAUGAUACUGGGUGGUGAGGGAAUGGAAAACCUGGACAGCUGAGGUGAGUAUGAGAGGUGUUUGGGGAUGAAGCCGUGGAAUGGGUCAAUUGUUCAGGUGGUUUGGACUUGUAAGAAUGCAAUAUUAUGAGUGCAAAGAAUGUGUGAAGGUAGGUAUAGGAGGGUAUAAGGUGGGUGGGAGACUUAUUGUAUAUGGGUUGAUAGUGAAGGAACAUGUGUGAAGAGGAAGGGAUUAAUUUCUCAAGGAAGGAAAGAUGUGACUACACCUUUAGUGGAAGCAAUGAGUGGGAACUGUGAAAAAGUAAAUGAUAUGACUUCAAUUUUGGGUUAGCAUAACUCUUUUCACCACCUUUGAAAGUCGCCAAUUUCAGGCCACAGUUGGAGUGAGAUCAUUCAGCAUCAGUGAUAAAGCUUGUGGUCAUAGUCGUGUUAGAAGCUGAAUAAUAUGUCUAGAAUUUAGUCUGUCUAGUGAAGGAUGAAAUAUUGCCAUGCUCUUCUUAACCCGGUAGCUCCCUCCAAGCGAGAAAAAUGAGAAAAAAUCACCCCUCACACAAACCAGUUCACAAUAUAUAUCGAAGCAUUUGUGAUCAGGUUAUGCAUCAUCUAUUUUGGGGGGGUUAUAUCAUGGCACAAAUUUGGCCCGUCACUGCUACACGGUAAAGCCACAAAUUUGGCCCGUCGCUGCUACCGGGUUAAGUCUGUCUUUUGUUUCAUUUAUACUACUUGUCAUUUUGUGAUUUUGUGAUUUGUGAGUCUGUUGUUCUUCAAGAAAUAGAAGUAAGGAAAUAGUUGUAAGAACUUUUUUACAUAAAAUGAUGAUAAUU